GACUAGGUUCAUUCAAACUAACUCAGCAUUUGCGUGAGAGUAUUAUAAUUGCGAGAGGAAGCAGUGAUAAUAAUAUAGCUUUUAAAUAAAAAAGUAAAAAGAAUAAUAAUAAACGUUAUCUGAAUUUAUGUCACCGCGUCCCAGCGUCAUUUCAGACGUUUAAAAUAUUUCUACGUGUUUCCGGUGUCGUGGCGAUCUCUCACACACACACAACAGUUUCACACAUCAUUCAGUAAACCAUCUGAUAAACAGCACAAACAUGAUUUCGUUAACGGACUCACAAAAGAUCGGGAUGGGGCUGACGGGCUUCGGCGUCUUUUUCCUCUUCUUCGGAAUGAUUCUUUUCUUUGAUAAAGCGCUCUUGGCCAUAGGAAAUAUCUUGUUCGUCGCGGGUCUCUCGUUCGUCAUCGGACUGGAACGGACGUUCAGGUUCUUCUUCCAGCGGCAUAAAAUAAAAGCCACCGGUUUCUUUCUGGGAGGUGUUUUAGUGGUGCUCAUCGGAUGGCCGAUUGUAGGCGUCGUUCUCGAAGUCUACGGAUUUUUUCUCCUUUUCCGGGGCUUUUUCCCAGUAGCGGUUGGCUUCAUUAGGAGGGUGCCUGUUCUUGGAUAUUUACUGAAUCUUCCUGGUAUCAGCGGAUUGGUGGAUAAAGUCGGCGAGAGCAACACCAUGUGCUUCUGGUUCGGCGUCUUGCUGGAAAACAUUUCUGAACGACUUUUGAUACUUUACCUGUGAAGACGUUCAGGUGUUUUUUUUUUCUGGGACUGCUUACCAAACCAAGUCAGGCACUGUUUUUGUUACUGCAUCACACGUCUCCCCCUGUAGGGGGCGACAGGGACCACUUAACCCCUAAAUGACCACAAGAUGGGCGGAUCAAUUGAACGAACCACAACUGAAAGGAAUCACUGGGUUCUGAAUGAAAUCGUUUCUGUUUUGUUUUUAAUCAUGCUUUUACACGCCAACUGUUCUGUUUUGCUCUUUUAUUUGUCAAAAUCUAAUUAGGAGUUUUCCCUCAAGAGCUCCACCUAGAGGAGCGGAGACUGUUUCAUCAUCUCUUCACCAAACCUGUGACAUGUUAUAAUACAUGACUGACUUGUUUAAGAAUUUGUAAAUACUUCAAAUGUGAGACUAAUGUACAUUUUUACGGACCUGUUUAAUAAAUGGAUUAUAUCCUU